GUAGUUUGAGCAAAGUUAGAAAACUUAUCGAAGACUCUAUUUGAAAAGUUUAUCUUAUCAAACUUAGUUUCUACUUUUCCCUGAGUUUUGAUUCUACAAUAAUUACAUUUAUUUCACUGUCAUCAUGUUAUGUUGGUCUGGUAACGACAAGAGUAGUGUGUGCCAUCUGCUUGAAUGAAGGAAAAGACUAAUUUCGAUUCUUCCAUUUGGCAGGCGAUGAGCUAAACCAACAACCUAUGUCAUCUAAAUAUCACCUCAAUCCCAUCAUUAAACCAUCCAGCUGAACGUGGUCUUUCUUUUUGUGACCAAACGUGGUCUUUCUUUGUUGGCUCUUUCUACCCCGUGAUAGACAAAGAUUGAUCAUGUAUGUAAUACGUUGUUAUUGUUCGUGUCAUUCACAGUUGUGAAUUGCUUUCUCUCGUGAUUUGAUGAAACAGUGAAUGCGUUUCAACUUCCUCCCUCGAGUUUAUUAUUCAGUAAGUUUCAUUUGUGUACAUACCGGUCCCACAGCUAACAAAUGCGAAACAUAAAUAUCCUCUCCCAUAUAUUUCCAGAGAGGCUAGUUCAAAUUACUGGAUGCCUCGCUUUCUAUUGUAUAUUAAUCGCUACCUAAAUUAUUUCUAUUCAAUUAGUAUUUUGGUGAAACUUUAAAACGAAAUUAAUUUAAAAUAGGUUAUGAAAUUAUUUGAAUUCUUCCUAAUGAUUUUACCAACAUUUUAAAAAAGAACGAAAGUUUCCUGAUCUUUUGGUCACAAAAAAGAAUAGCCAUGAGUUAGUACAAUAUAAAAUGGUUCAUAAUCUGCGUAAUUCUCCAAAGGGACGCGCUCAAACCCUUAGUAAGGGGCUUUGGGUUUUACGACCCAAAAAGUUUCAGACUUGACUAUAACGAACACUUUUCGUGCAAAUGCAGAUAUUUUAGGCUUUUCAUAAGUCAGCAUCAUCAAUUAAUUACUUCUCGUAACUGUAUCAUCGUGAAUUCAAGUAUAGCUAUAUAUAGCAUGAUGCGAUUUCACUAUUGACAUAUCAGUACGAUGCGUUAUCCAUAGAUUUUCCACUCCUAUUUCCAAAAUAAGCCAUUUCGUUUAUGAAAAUUCAACGUACCAAGCAAAUUCAUUGCACGACGCCAAAUUGCUCCUUAAUUUAAAAUUUUUAAGACAACGUAAAAUUGUCGUAAACUUCCAGCAAAAUGUUUUACCAGCCACCGCGAUUAUUACAUCAACUCCCAACAUAUUUCCUUAAAAGCAUAUUUUUGCUGUUAUGAAUAAAUGAAUUGAGUUAACAUUCGGUAUUACUUUGUCAGAAUCGUUCUCUUAUUUGUCUCGAUCAUCAGAUACAGGGGAGGUCGAUGUUAGUAAUUACACCAAGCUAGUUUCUUGGUCCCACCUAAAAGAGGAAUUUCACCCAUCUUAGAACUAGGUAACAGCCAAAAUGAGCGGUAUUUCCGUUCCGAAAAUCCAAUAUAAUAAAUCACCUAGCCCUAGCCGACGUCAGCCUGAAGGAUGAAACACUCGAGUUGUUUAUGACCAUAACAUUUAUGAAAAAAAAAACCAUGUGAAAAUAAAACGUGUAAAGUUUUUGCAAGAGACCUGUUACAUAUGUUUUGAUUGAUGAUGAAAGUGCGUUGUCUGACUUCUAAUGAGUCUCUCAUCGCGUGCUCCCGGUUGCACCCUCCACAGAAGUGUUUUUGGGCCCGGGGUCCGCCUGACUUCUAAUGAGUGUCAACUACUUAAUUAUAGUGCAACUGUGAACUUAUUUGAAUGAAGAUUACAUUUAGUCGCCGUCAUUCAAAUUCAUCCCAUUUCUUUAGGUAGGUAUAUUAUGACCUUAUUAUUAUCUUUACUGCACGCAAUUAUCCAAUAUUAUGUAAUUAAUCUGUAAACACUCGCGCCCCAAGUUGUCAUAAUAUUCACCGCGAAACCCAAUUUAUCGCACAGGUGUAAUGAAUCCCAGCUUUUUAUGAGCCCGAAGAAAUUAUAUGGGGCUCGAAGGUGCCAUUAAAAGUUCCGCUUGAAACAUUCGCAGUAACCUUGGCAAGCGUUACAUUAAUUCUAAAUUGCACAAACUCUGUUUGAAAUGCAUUAAUGUUUGUAUUACUUACAAAGUAGUUUCAGAAGUUUUAUUUUGUAAACUCUAUGUUAAGCAAAUAGUUCGCCAAAUAUUUUCUUAUCAACUUUUACAAAAAAUUUGGCAGAGUGACCAUCAGAAAAUCAUUUUACAUAUAAUGCUCGCUCCACAUGUUCGGGCAUGUGGCCAUAAUUUUUGAGAAGCAAUUUACUUCAUACUAAGUAAACCGCUCAAAUAUUAGGGCAUUCUGGGAUAUCGACGAGUAAUAUGCCAUCUGUUAGCUAACAAUAGAUGUCGACCUUGAAGGCUUUUACGGAGGAGUUUUCGCUCGAAAGGGUAGGAAAUAAUUACGUUCAAGUCAGUAACCCGGGCGUGCGUUAUUGAUGGGCUCGCGCGGCGGCGCUGAGACGCGCGGUAAGUGGGUCAGGGAGGGAGCGAGGAGAGCAGCCGCCGACUCAUUGCGCCCUCAGCCUCCAGCCAUGGCGGACGCACCGCCCGAAGUCCUCGAGCUCAACGUAGGCGGCGUGCACUACGCUACCACGCGUGACACGCUACUCCGCGAACCCGAAUCGCUUCCCGCCGCUGCGCUUCGGGAUCCAGACCAUCCGCGCGACGCUCGCGGGCGCAUCUUUUUUGACCGCGACGGAGUUCUUUUUCGAUAUGUCUUGGAUUAUCUCCGAGACGGUGGUUUAGUACUGCCGGAAUGCUUCCGAGAACACAAACGUUUAGCACGAGAAGCCAAACACUACAGACUGGUUGGCCUCGAGAAUGCCGUUCGGGAUUCAGACCCGCGACCUCCAAACCGGGAACGUGGCUGCAUCACCGUCGGAUACAGAGGCAGCUUCGCUUUUGGACGAGAUGGGCUUGCUGACGUGAAGUUCCGCAAGUUGUCGCGAAUUUUAGUGUGCGGGAAGGUGACAUUGUGUCGCGAUGUUUUCGGCGAAACCCUCAACGAGUCGAGAGAUCCUGAUCAUGGUCUCGCUGACCGCUACACAUCCCGGUUCUUCCUGAAGCAUUCCUUCAUAGAGCAAGCGUUUGACAUGUUGCAAGAAAACGGUUUUAAAUUGUCUGCCAGCUGUGGCAGUGGCACUGCAGGUGCAGCAGAGUUGAAGCCCGGAGUGGACACAGAGGAGAACCGCUGGAACCACUACAACGAAUUUGUUUUCGUACGCGAUUAGGCAUCGGGUGAGAUCGCAUGUGAUAUGAAUCAGCUGUAGCACCGACUGCGAUGUGGCGCUUCGACAGUGGAGGGCAAUAAAUUUGAAAAUAGAUUUUUGAAGCGCAUAAUCGAAAUUUUAUCAUCAAACACUAUUGAGUAUCUCACCUCUGAAGAUUUAUUACUAUUAUAUAGUGCAGUAAAUAAGUACGAUCUCUACGUAUCUCGUGUGUAUGCUACGUAAGUACUUUUCGCAAUAUUUGCGUAUAAUGAGAACGUUUUAGGCAAAGCUUGAAAUGUAAUAUUUCCUUCGACCUUGAAUUAGUUCAAAGUAUAAAAUACCUAAAAUGAUAAUAAAAAUUGGUUAAAAUUUUGAAAAAUUCUAUUACUACUGUAUUUUCUGAAAACUAGAAGUUAUUGUUCAUUAUAAUUAUGUAGAUAAUGAAACCUUAAUUAUAACCAUGUAACAAAUAGGUAGAUAAAUGUAAAAAGUAUAAAAUAACUAGUGUAGUUGAUGAUCCCCUAUUAGGAUAAUUUCGUGUACUGUGAAUUAUUUACUAUUUCUAACAUAUAUUCAACUUAUUUUAUAAUUCUUUUUAAAUAUAUAAAUUAUUUCAUAGUUUAUUAUGAAAAACUUACUGUGGGCCAUCUUUUUUAUAUGAAUAUUUACUUAUGCCAAAACAUUAUUGUAAGUCUGAAGGAGUCGAUUGAGUUUGUUUCGAUCCAAGUUAGGUCGUCUUGUUGCUUCAGAUUACACUUAUUUUAUAAAUGAAAAAUAUUUUAAUUGUUACAUCUGUAAUGAAAUAAAAUUCUGGGUACACCGAUACCAGUGAUGAGUUGUGAUCGAUGCAUUUGUUACUACUCUACUAGUCAUAGAUUUAAGACCAAUAUGGAUUUCAAAAUCUUGUUAGUAUGAUGAAAACGAGCGCGAAUGAAAUGUACCUUAAAUAAAUAAUUAGGAUUAUUAAAUAAAUACUGUUUCGGAAAGUCAAUAUGUCCCCGUGGAAAUUUAGUAACUGGAGGAAAACUUUCAUAUAACAAGUUAAGGACUCAAUCAUGAGUUCGAGUAGACGUUCGAAGUUUCAGCUGCGAAGGGAAAUAUUUCGGGCAAAGUUUCGACUGUAAAAGUUGACGUCGAUACAUUUUAACAGUUUCUAAAUACUCUUAGCAUUUAGCGUCUAUUAUAUUAUUUAUACGCUUGUUUAAAGUAUCUGGGAUGUAUCUGCAAAGUCGAAUUUACGAUCGCAGCCAUAUCAUUAGGUAAUAUUACUAUAUAGGCUUGUCCACUGUAUUACAAUUCCUUAUAAAACUUUCAUGGGCUUAGUUUUUCUGGAUUUGUGCUACUGUGUCAGGUCAAUUUUAAGCAAAACUUCCAUAAAAAAACAUCUUCCUGCCUAAACAUUUCUAGAAUGGCGUAGUUGACUUCCUCAUCAGAAAACAAUGCAAGUGACUGAGAAAAUGCUGAGAUCAAUCACUGAUAACAUGCUAUUGUUUGUUUUUCAUCAUUGCUGUUGAUAAUCAAGACGUGUAGCAGGAAAAUGAUGUUAAACUAAUAAUUAAAUGAG